UAAUAAAUCGAAAAAAGUACGUUGCUUAGCAACAUACAAAAAGCCGAAAGAGGUCACUGAAUUUUUUAACUUUUAUUUUUACUGUAAUCAACAAUGCCUAAGGUGUAUAAAACUGCACACGAUGGUAUACCGUACCACAAGGUGCGCAAAGGAAUCGAACCUAGGUGUUACCAGCUACACAGACCAUCACAAUGUCGUCUAAAAUUUCCGAUAACAAAGCGCCCAAUACACAAAUGUGAGGCGCCAAAACACGAGUACACGCUAGUUCCUCAGAUAGGCGGGUGGCGAUCGUUACUCGUGCCAAAGUCAGAGCCCAACUUCUACCCAGCGGUUAUGCACAAGGCGGAGUUUGAUCGGCUGAGGAGUCAGGCGAAGAUAGUAACUCAAGAGGAGCAGAUCCAAGCGAUGCACGCGCAAGAAGCUGCAAUACAGAAAGCGGCUAAGGAGUCGGAGCUUAGGAAGCAAAUGCUGAAGGACAGCCUGCGUACCCAACCAGGUGCAGAGUCUGGUACCGGUGCUGAUCCUGAGCUGGAGGGGCCGGACCAGGCAGCUCAUACAAUGUCUAGGGCUGAAGUCCUACGAGCGGAUAACAUGCAGGGUCCGAGGCUAUGUAACCGCAUCAUCUUGGCUUCCAAAUGCCACGCCAUUAGGGAUGCGCAGAUCGUCGAGAAGGACCUCAUCAGGAAAGAACUUGACGAAGAGCAGAGACGACUUGACAGCAUUAUGGAGGAGAAUCGUCAAGUGGCUGUCGUCCGCGCGGAGUCAGAAGAAGAACGCCGUCAUCAGCUGCGGCUGCAGAACCUCGCGGCACUGAAGGAGCAGAUCAAGGCUCAUGAGACUGCUAAGAUAAUGGAGGCAGAACGCAUUGAAGAGGAGAGCAUUCGAGUGAACCAGGCCAACAUAGCGAUGCAGAUCGACGAGGCUCAAAAACUGAAGGAGAAACACGAACGUCAGGCGAAACUAAAAGAAAUGCUAGAUCAAGGCAACGCCGAGCUCCUAUUCUACAAACAGCUGCAGAACGAAGAAGAGCGCAUCAUGGACGUGCGCAUCACCAACUUCAUUAAACAGAAGCAGGCGCGCGAGGCGAAGGCACGGGCUGAGGCCGAGGCCAUCAAGGCGGCCAAGCAGAAGGGAAUCGACCACAUAGCCAAGGCUCAGAAGGCGGAACAAGAGUUAAAAGAGGAGUUGGAGCGCAUCAGGAACCUGAAGAUCCAGGAGGAUGUGGAGCGCGAGUACCGACGCAAGGAGAGGGAUGCUGCCAUUAAGCGCAAUAAGGAGAUGAAGCAACUGCACGAGGCCAGGGUCCAGCAGAUCAAAGAUAUCCACAGACUCAUCGCUCGAGAGAUAGCCAAAGACGAGCAGAGCUUCAACAACGCCGCGCGCCAGAACGAGGAGUUCAUACAGAAAGAGAAGCAGUUGGACGACAAGCGCAAAGCCCGCGUUGAGCAGCACCGGCAGGAGAUCAUGAAGCAGAUCAACGACAAGGAACGCUCACGUGCAGAGCUCCGCGAGAAGAUCCACAACGAGGGCGUCGCGCUCCGCAUGGAGCAGGAGCAGCAGGACAAGUACGAGAGGAACGUCAUCAAGCAGAAGGUGGCCGCCAUGAGGCAGCAGAAAGUGUCCGAGAAAUAUGUGAAAGAAGUGGAGCAAACACUCGCCAAACAUGGCUACAUUUAAAGCAUUGCGACACUCCAUUUGAUAUUAAUAUUGCGUUAUUGUCAAUUAUGAAUAUACUUUAAAAUUGA